AUGGCCUGGUGUGAGCGGUUCUGUCAUGAUCCUGCUAGAAUCAAGACAUUCACAGUUGAACGAGAUUUGGUCGGAUUCGAUCAAGAAGCUGUACGAUCCGAGAUUGCCUGGUAUCUGAAGUCAAUUGACUAUGACGGGAACAUAUCUGUGAAAGUCCACAUCCUUAACAAAUCAUUCAAGGUCUAUUCGCCACACUGCCAGUGGUAUAGACAUAUACGGGAGUUCAGGUUCGCUAUACCGUUGCUGAAUUGGAUACUGCUACUAUGGAUCUUUCAUUCGCGUCUGUUCGCCUACUUGGAAGUGCGCUAUGGGGUUGUACGCUCAUGGUGGUCGUCAUCACAGAAAGUCAAAGAUACCGAAGCCCCGUACGGGGCUCGCAGAAUCUAUGCACAUGGCCGAAGCGAAACACAGAUAGCGGACUUAUGGUCCGCUGCUAUCGCUCAGGCAGUGAAAGAUCGAGAGAACUCCGGUAGGAUUCUCGGAGUGGAAUACCUGAAAAAUCUCCAGGAGCGCGAGCAGGCGCGUAUGGCACAUGUUGGGCCAUUUUUACCGGAACAAAAUGCUGCAGGUAGCUCGAUAGCUGGAGAAGCACAGGGUGGUUCUUUUAUUGCCCCUAGGGAAGGGGAAGAAAAUGCGAACACUGGAGGCUCCUAG